CGUGAAACAAAUGCGAAUUAUUCAGAGAAGAUUCAUCAAGGGAGCUGUUUGUGCAUAUAAUAAGCUAGCGGCAACUAUAAUGGACGUCUUUUCAAAUUUGCUUUAUCUCUUGGUAAUAGGAGUACUUGUAUUGCCCAGUGAAGGCAUAGUUAUACCAACAGACUCUGCUACAAGCGAAAAUCCUUUGACUGAAGGUGGAACAACAGAAAAUCCUUCGACUGAAGGUCCAACAACCGAAGGUCCAACAACCGCAGGUCCAACAACCGCAGGUCCAACAACCGAAGGUCCAACAACCGCAGGUCCAACAACCGCAGGUCCAACAACCGCAGGUCCAACAACCGCAGGUCCAACAACCGCAGGUCCAACAACCGAAGGUCCAACAACCGAAGGUCCAACUACCGAACCAGCUAUUGUACCGGGUCCAGGUAUGCUAAUUUUGUGUUACUCUAUUUGAAGUGACAAAAUGUCUUUAAGAUAAUGUUUGCAUGAGAUCGAUUGAAUGACGAAUUGUACACAAGUUCGCAAUAGAUGCCAAAUAUAACUACCGGCAUACAACUGUUUAGUUUCAAAUGGUUUACAGGCUACACAGAGGGUUUACGCUGUUUACACUCUCUAUAGUCAGUGGCAAUGGUGUAUGUGGUGUUUGUUGGUGUAAUUGUGCAAGGAUUAAUUACAAUCAGGCGAUCUUAUGCAGUAAUUUUUUUAAAAGUUAUAAUUGAAGAUGUAUUCUUAUUCACCCGAUUAUGCUUGUGGAUUAUACUCUUCCACGCAAUCUACCAUUUCACGUCCAACAAGCGAAACUGCAUUAUGACGUUGCCCAAAUGAAAUUCUUCAAAUUAGGAUCCAAACAAAGUUUCUUAGUUUGUUUGGUAUCAUACGCAUUGGCAUUUAUUCAGAAAGUGCUGUUUUGCCCAUGCUCUAGAACAACACAUUGUAGUACUAUUAUAUGUUUGUUGUUUUGUACAAAUCCCUAAAUGCGGCUAAGAAAUGCAACUGUUCUAGUUCACAGGCGCCAAAUGAUAUCGUAUAGUAUACCUGAUGGCAUAGAACUAGUGACGUACUGGCCACAGAUCCUGAAUACUCUAACGAGG